AAUCCAAUGAGCUGCAUUAAAAUCUAGUCUCCUUUCCCUCUCCACUCUCAAUACAACAGUAAGAAGAAAACCUCUGAAAGCAUGUCUGGUGUUUGGGUGUUCAGGAAUGGCGUGGUGCGACUGGUGGAGAACCCUGCGAACGAGCAGUCAUCGACGGUUCGCCGUAAGGUAUUGCUCCACACUCCCACCAACGAGGUCAUCACAUCCUAUGGCUCCCUCGAGCGCAAGCUCAUGAGCUUGGGAUGGGAGAGAUACUACGACGACCCCGACCUCCUCCAGUUCCACAAGCGCUCCUCUCUUGAUCUCAUCUCAUUGCCCAAGGACUUCAGCCGAUUCAAAUCCAUGCACAUGUACGAUAUUGUCGUCAAGAAUCGCGAAUCCUUUAGGGUCGUCGAUGUGUAGACUAUGGAGAGAGAAAGAGAUGGCCUUCUGCUAUUAGCUUGUUUGAUGUCGAGGCUGUGUUAAAAGCGAGCUACUACCUACUUUCCGUGUGCAUGUCUUCAAAAAAUUGAGUCGUUUGGUGUCAGUUUUUGUUUGUGGUUUGCUGUUUGUAAGACUUGGUAUGGCAAUAGCCAGUGUGGUUUUUUGUGUGUGAA